GCCGCAUGCCUGGUGACUACUUGAGCAUGCCUGGUGACUACUUAAGCCUCAUUUACAUACUGCAUGUGACAGUUAUUAAAGUUGUUUUUGCCACAUUUGCAGAUGUGCCAGCAGACAUCCAAACAUGGUCAUAUAAGAGGAGAUGUCCUGAUUGACCUCAGCGUUGGUUCCCUGAUUCACCAUCUCUAUGCACCCAGUGAGUUUUUCAAUCACAUCAUAAUACUGAAGGUCCGAGACAGAUGUAUCCUGGAGCUAAAAAGAUGGCUGAACACACGUACUGGAGCAUUUGAAUGGGGACAUGCCACAAAGAUUCAUGUAGACUUAGAAGGAAAAAGCAUCGAGUUACAGGACAAAGAAGGAAAAGUGAGAGAAGCCGCUCAACAUGUCGCAAAAUGUAACCUUGACAAAGAAAAUAUAAUAGAUCCGGUGAUCUUACCACCAGCAGAUUGUAUCAUCAGCGCUUGGCUCCUAGAUCCUAUCUGCAAAGAUAAAGAUGACUACAUCAGAUAUAUCAGGAAGUUCUCACAGUUACUGAAACCUGGAGGACACCUCAUGUUAGUUGGGUGUUUAGGUACAACAUAUUUCACAGUUGGGAAAGACAAGUUCCAUGCUCUCACAUAUGAUGAGGAUUUUGUCAGGAAAGCUCUAAUUGGAGAAGGAUUUAUUAUUGAUAUCUGUGUGAGUAAGAAGGCAACAGGUAUAAGUCCCCUUGUUGACCAUAAGGGCGUCCUAUUCAUUUCAGCUCACAAGGAGAAAUAAGUCUCAGUAAAAACUUAAAAGUUAAGUCUUCAUGUCCAGAGUUUAUAUAUAAAGCUAUAGCUAAAGAAAUAAUAAUUAUUAUAACAGGGCUCCCUAUAUGAUUUUAUUCACCUGCAAUUAUUUAUUCAUUUGUGUCUAGUGCAUGAUAUAUGUGUAUGGGAAUAUAAUUGCCCAGUCUUUAAUAUAAAAAAAUAUUGUGUAUUAUAAUUCCAGGAGAUAUUUAUAUAUAUUUCUUUGAUAAAUACCUCCAAGAAUCCUUAUUAUUUUAAGAUUUUACCUUAGGUUAUAUGUUAUGAAUAUAUCAUAGGACUUAUUGUGAACUAAUAAUGACCCCUAAAUCCUGAUCAGUUUGGUAUCUGAAGAGCUUAGCAUUAGUUGCUUUAUUUUGCUUCCUGUUUGCUAUAUAUUACUAAUGCAAAUAAAAAUAAU